AAAACUAAUUUUCCCAACUUAUAACACCCCCAAAAAUUGCUUUUAUUCUAUAUAGGACAAUGCAUGAGAUCUUUGAGUUGAGUUGGAGAUUUGUACUAAGGUAAAAUAAAAGUAUAGACAUCUUUUUAUUAUUAUAUUUAGUCUAAAUAUGAUUUUGGGAAAGGUUUCCCCACGUGUAGACACACACAAAAUGUAUCUUACCUUUCUUAAUGAUGCUUUGAAGCUUCAAUAAUGUGUUUGCUGAUUGGCAGGGAAUAUAAUCAGUGCACACAUGCAUAAUUCAUGAAAUGUAUACAGUAUAUUUAUGUGAAACAAGAUCUGGUAUUUUGAACAUUUGGUGAUCUUUACCUCAAGAUGGCAGCAGAGAGACUUAUUCAUUAUGUAGUAACAUGCAACAUUGAGUUAUCACUUCAUCAGGCAUGCCACUGGUCAUUGUGUUGAGGAAAAUCAUUACUUUAUUACUGACUGUAGCACAUUUGCUAUCAAUCAGUGUGAAUGGCCAACUGAUAUUACAAUAGUCUUGUUGUGAUCUCCUUCCUUUAAUAGAACUUGAGCAUGUCGAGAUACAGCAGAGAGGCUGAAACUACUACAGCGGAAAUAGGCAAAUCAUUUCCUUUGUGAGUUGUGGUUAGAUGUAGCGACAAAGUAGAUUUCAAUGGAAACCCCCAAAGCGAAGUAUGACUGGAGUGACUUUAAACACACUGCCAGUGAUUCAAAAGCACAGGAUCACCAACCCAAAGGUGAUCAGAAGUUGUAGGCUCGAUUGAACGGAUUUAAAUCACAGAGAAAGGUCGCUUUGUUGAUCCGUAAAUCUCCUCUGUCGGGAAUCCCAGCAGCUCUUUUUUUUCGUCGAGUAUAAUCAGGAUUGCGAGUCGCAUGCCACGCCGAGAAGUGCUUGGAAUUCCUCGGGUCAUGUGAGUCGAGUCACGAGCUCCGGCGUGAAGGAGAAAGAGGAAAGAAAGCCCUGUGAUAAAGCAAAAGCACAAUCAAAGGGGGAGGGCUGCUGCUAAGGUGUCUCUGGAAACACGAAGGAGGAAGUGAUGCCAGAGCUAGAGUGGCGAUCGAAGGAGAGUGACGGAGAAUGGAUAUGCAGAGCGUGUGAAGAAAGAAUGAAGACAAUCAGGACAAUAAGGAAAGAGCAAAAAAUAGAAAAAGAUAAGAACCUGACAGAGGAGUAGGAGGAGCUUCCUAAGAGAAAUACUGGAAGUCAGAACAUGUGUGGCCGAAAGAUGAAACAGUGAAUCUGCAUCACACCAUCAACGUGAAAGAAAGAGACACACUGACAGACAGAGAGAAAGAGACAGAAAGAGAUAGAAAGAUGAUCAGGAGGUGUUAGAGAGCAGCGAGCGGUGGGCAUAUGGUACCGUGCUGACUGCUUCUUCUGCAGUGCACAUGGCAGACGGGACCGGACAGUGCAACAGAGGCAGAUGUGAUCCUGAAUCUGGGAUCUCAUCAGAAAACCCCCGAGUCCACAGAACAAACAGCAGAAGGUCCCAAUGGACAAAUGGUCAGUGUGUGGUGGCUGUACCCACACCUUCUUUAUUAACACCAACCUUCGACCUGGAACUCUGCAGGACACAGCUGGAGAAAGAAGGCUUCCAUGUUCCUGUCGAGGACUUUGAGACUCCUCUAAGAACAGCUCUGGAACCUCCUUCUAUAAGAAGAUACCUGUUCUUCAACUCGUCUCUGUUUCAUUUCAUAAUGGCACCAAUUAUGUACGUGGUGCUGUGGUGUGCCGUGUACUCCAGCCUACACGUUUACCUCGACGAGAGCAUCGUGAACCUCUGGGUAUUGUGUCUGUGUGUGAGCUUCAUCGUCGUCAUCGUCACAGUCGCCAUCAUCCUCGUCUUCCACUGCAGCAACAAAGAGAUCAAUGUAAAUACUGACGUGCGUCUGGUUAAAGUGAACGAGCGGCUCAUCGGGCACGAUCUGCUCCUGGGGGUAGCGGACUGGAUUGAAAAGUGCACUGGGAAAAUGCAGCUUUGUUGUAUUUUUUGGGACUUGGGUCCCUGCUUACAAACCCUGACUGAAACUUUAGAGAAGCUGGACUUGGUCAGCGAUGAGAUAAAGAACAAAUUGAAGAAAAGAAUGUCGCACCUCACUGUAGUGGCCGAAGUCCCGCCCUCUGAGCCGGAGGAUGGAGAGAUCAGUGAGGAGGCUGAUGAAGGGCACCCCCUACUGGGAAGGGGCAGAGAGAGUCACGCUGUACCCAAGAAAAGACAAGAAGUUAUACUGACCCAGACAUUUAAUCUGUUACCAGACUUUACCCUGUCAUGCCAGGACAUUGCAAACCACCUUCUGAUGAUCUACAGUGCUGUCUACGUGAAGCUUCUCGUAACCGAGAGGCUUCCCACCUCAUUUCAUAAUCUCGAUUUGGAAAGGAAUCACUGCACAACGGCAUCACUUUGUCUUUGUCAGUAUGUUCAAUACAAACUCCUGCAGUAGACAGACUCGAACUGGGAAAAGACUGCCCACAACGAAUUUCUCUAAAAAAGCUCCAUGUGCACAAACAUAGGCCUGCUGUCCUGUAAAUGUUUUUAAAUUAUUUUGAAGCUGCUUUGUGAAGAAAAAUAUAUUUCCUAAAGUGGUGAGUUGUGGGGUUUCAAUGUGGCUCUUACAUAAAGGUUGUGUAAAAGAGA